CGCACAGCCGUAGUAGCUAAUGUGUAAUGUAAUUUCUCCCUCCAGACCCGAUGCCCUUCAAAAUGGUGCGAUUUCAAAGGUCACUGGCGCCUACUUUCAGGUGUGAAUAAAAGAGGUUCCCUGGCGCUCUUCUUCCACUGGUGUGUUGUUUCCCAACGAUUUGAUUGAAAACUAGUUUAUAGCAAUUUCUUUAUUGCAGAGCGGAGUAAUACAAUCGAAUUCGAAACUAUGGAUUCUUUAGCAAGUUGCCCCUUUUGUCAUGUAACCCUCCCUCAAUCACAACUCCAAAGGCAUGCCAACAGCCAUUUUGAGGAGGCGGACAAUGAGCAAUUUACCGAGGACAUGGAAUUGGCUCAAGAACUUGCCUCUGCAUCCUCGUCUUCUACUCGUUUUUCUGAGGAAAACAUGGAUGAGAGAGUGUCUUGCUUGAUUGCUAUGCAGGUUAGAAGCUCCUUUUAUCAUGUCAAAGUAGAAUUUGGUGGUGGGUUGAUGGCCUUGCUGCGCAGGCGUUUGGAAUUAGAUACCAAUAAUGCUUCUACUUCUGCUGUCUUUCUGUCUGGCUAUAUUGAUCAUUUUCAGAGCUUGCCCUCUGAGGAUGUUGGUUGGGGUUGUGGAUGGCGUAACAUCCAAAUGCUUAGUUCUCACUUGCUUUCCCUUAGAGAAGAUGCCAGACAGAUUUUGUUUGGUGGCUCUGGUUUCGUCCCUGAUAUCCCUUAUCUCCAAAGAUGGCUUGAAAUUGCUUGGGAAAGGGGAUUUGAUGCCUUGGGUGCUCAUCAGUUUAAUCAUUCUGUUUAUGGGUCUAAAAAGUGGAUUGGUGCUACUGAAUGUGCUGCCCUUUUCCGUUCUUUUGGUUUUCGGGCUAGGAUUGUUGAUUUUGGUCCUAAAGAAUUGGAAUCUAGUUUUCUCUCUGUUCCUGGUGCUCAUGUUGGCUCCCAGGUGGUGACAGCAAGUGCCAGAAUCAAAAGAAAAGCCUUUCAGGUUUAUGGGCCCAUGGACAGAUAUCUGGUUGGUAGAAAUAAUGAUUUCUCACCACCAGAUUUUGACAAUGGUGUGAACUCUACAAGUCACUUGGCUGGAGGAAGCAAUCAAACUGCGGCAAGUAAAUUUUCAAGGAACAAUGAAGGUCAUCAGGUUCUCGUUGAUUGGGCGUGGAAUUAUUUUUCUCAAGGCCGUAGCUCAAGAGCACAUGCCCACCGUUGUCAUGUUACCAUCACCGACAGAACGCCCUUGUACUUUCAACAUGAUGGACACUCAAGAACCAUUGUUGGGAUUGAAGUCAGACAUCAAGAGAAUGGCAAACUGCAAUUCAAUCUCUUGAUUUUGGACCCUGGUCAUAGAACAGCAGCUCUAGAAAAAUCCCUGAAAGAAAAUACCGGAUGGAAGAAGCUAAUAAAAAGAGGAGUUCAUACAUUGAAAAAGCCUCAGUACCAGCUAUGUUAUAUUGAUCCUGGAGUGGCAAGCGGGGUUGAGAUGGAGAAGCUCAAGUCAAUCGAUAGUGCCUUUAUUGAAUUGUAGAAAAAAAUUUUUUUUGCUCUUAUGUUCUUUUUGGUUCUUUUCUUUUCAUGCUGAAAAUGGGUGCUUACCCAUUUAUAUACCAUUAAAGAGAAGGGUACUGUAGCUUGUAAUGUGUAUCUUAAUGUUUGUACAUCUUAAAGCAAACUUGUACGGCUGAAAUGAUUAUACUAACUUUCUCGCAAGUUCUGAA